AUGUCCAACUCUCUCGAUCAGCUCAAGGCCACUGGCACCGUCGUCGUGUCUGAUUCUGCUAUCGCCAAGUACAAGCCCCAGGAUGCCACCACCAACCCUUCGCUCAUCUUGGCUGCCUCCAAGAAGGCCGAGUACGCCAAGUUGAUGGACGUGGCCGUCGAGUACGGCAAGAAGAAGGGUGGCGACAUCGACUCGCAGGUCGACAACGCCCUGGACCGCCUCCUCGUCGAGUUUGGCAAGGAGAUUCUCAAGAUUGUCCCUGGCAAGGUCUCUACCGAGGUGGACGCUCGCCUCUCUUUUGACACCAAGGCCUCUGUCGACAAGGCCCUGCACAUCAUUGACCUCUACAAGGAGCAGGGCAUCUCCAAGGACCGCGUCCUCAUCAAGGUCGCCUCCACAUGGGAGGGCAUCAAGGCCGCCGAGAUCCUCCAGCGAGACCACGGCAUCAACUGCAACCUGACGCUCAUGUUCUCGCUACCGCAGGCCAUUGGCGCCGCCGAGGCCGGCGCCUACCUCAUCUCCCCCUUUGUCGGCCGCAUCCUCGACUGGUUCAAGGCCCACAACAAGAAGGAGUACGCCAAGGAGGAGGAUCCUGGCGUCGCCUCCGUCAAGAGCAUCUACCAGUACUACAAGAAGUUUGGCUACAAGACCAUUGUCAUGGGCGCCUCGUUCCGUAGCACCGGUGAGAUUACUGAGCUCGCUGGAUGCGACUACCUCACCAUCUCUCCCAAUCUCCUCGAGGAGCUCAUGAACAGCUCCGAAGCCGUCCCCAAGAAGCUCGACGCCUCGCAGGCCGCCUCUGCCAACAUCGAGCGCAAGUCGUACCUCAAGGACGAGGCUCUCUUCCGAUUCGACUUCAACGAGGACCAGAUGGCUGUUGAGAAGCUGCGCGAGGGCAUUAGCAAGUUUGCCGCUGACGCCGUGACCCUCAAGGAUAUCCUCAAGCAGAAGCUUGCCUAG